AGAGCAUGACUGUCACGGCGCUGGCCCCGUAAGUCUUUGCACUUUCCAAGAUGAAAUAUCUCCAGAGCGCUUUGUAGCAGAGCCUUCGCACACCAUACCAGGAGUCAGACCAUUCGACUCAACCCCCGAAACUCAACGGGGUAGGACAUUUUCUAGUGCCUGGUGGAGCUCCCCUUUUUUCAAACAAUGGUGCGGUAAAUAAAGCAUGUAAAUUGUUUGAUGAUAAUCAUGCUGAGCUCAGGCUAGUAGAUCUACUCUGUGUAGCUAGUUGUAGCUAGCUAGGCCCUGAACGGUGAACCAGCGUUGGGUCGCGUGCGGAAGUGAAACUGUUCAAGGAUAGAGCUAGCUAGCACUCAACAUUCAUUCGAAUGUUCAUUGACCAUGUGUUAUCGCUGUAGUGUAGACCAGGUAGACGCUGUAGAUUCUUGGACCCAGCUACCUGCACUGGAUCUAGGACGCCACAUGCACAGCUUCACAGUCGGUCACCUGGUCACAGGUUCACACGACUUUCCAUGGUGUGACCUUAUCUUGUAAAAUAAGCUGUGGCGAGGAACCAACCACCUGUCGACUGCCUCCUGAGUCCUGCGUACAGUAGCUAGAUCCACCGCACGCCGUUCGAGCACCAAACUGACGGACCAGUCCUGUCUCCUGCCGUCCUGGAUGUCCUGCCGGAAAACGCAAAAGUCGAUCACAGCUGCACCAGCUCUGCAUGGGGAGCCGUGUGACUCUCGUUAGUUCUGGCUUGCCGUUUUGCCAGCGGGACCCUACGGACGCUAGCAAGGGUCGCUUCUUCUUCUAGCUGGUGCACUGGCUAGAAAGUGCUGAGUGCGGAAGAAAGACUUGCGCAGAGAAAACUCAUCUGAAUGUUUCCGGAAUAGCCCUGUGUGCUGAGCACAACCAUUGGUUUCAAAGUGUUCCGGCAAGACGCACUCCGAAGGACCGGUGCGAGCCGUGCGCCGAGUCCGCAAGCGGAGUGGAUCGCUGGCGCUUGUGCAGCAGAAGCGGGAACGAACGAUUGGCGACCAUGGCUGCUCCUGUCACUACUGUUCUGUUGGCUGUAGUCACUCUGCUGGUCUUCCUUCCGCGCAGUAGCGGACAGUUUAUGGAAAGCCAGACACCGCAGAACCUGACAAUAUUCCUUCGCGACACGGCCGUGUUCACGUGCGCUGCUCAGCACCCCAGUGCCGCUAGCGUGUCGGUGCAGUGGUUCUUCAACGAGGCGGCGGUGGGCAUGGACGCCACCAUCAUGACAAACAUUGGUGUUACGAACACGACCACCACGCUCACUAUUGGCAACGUGACCAUGAUGGACGUGGGCACGUAUCGCUGUCAGUUCGACGAUAGCAACGCAAACAUGCAGCUGUCAUUGUCGGCAAAUCUCGUCAUUAUCUUUAUGCCCGUGGUUCAAAUAACGCCAGCCACCCAGACCGUUCUGAAUGGAAGUAUUGCGGAACUAGUGUGCAACACCACAGCUGGCACACCACCUUUCCUCUUCACAUGGCUCUUGUCCUCAACUGAGGUCACGGUGGGCGUCACGAGCAACGCUACGGCGUCCACACUGCUGGUCGAUACGGCCAUGAUGCAGAGCAGGUCCCGUACGUACACGUGCAGGGUGACGCUGGAUCAACCGCUCCUGGCCAAUCGACUGUCGGAAACCGGCGUGGGCACUCUGCUGACAGACUUCCCACCCGUGGUGUCAGUCAAUGACGUCACCCGGGUCGCCGGUGAACGGAUUGACAUCCUGUGUCGAGUACGUGGCGAUCCGCCACCCGCCUCGGUCGAUGUCGCUGUGGUGUUGAGGAGCGGCAUGGUGGUGGAAAGUUUUUUGUUUUCCCUUGAGGCUGGGUCGCCACGCACUGCGGUCAUUAAUUUCGAGAUCCCGAUGGCCGAUCCAGCCGUUCACGCCGGCCCGGCUGUCUGCCGCACGAGAGUAGCUCUUAGUAGCGGGCUAGAAGAAGUUAACGGUUCCUUCAACAUCGCUGUUCUCGUUCCACCUGUUGCUGCGGUAACGCCGCUGACUCAGACGGUGAACGAGACACAACAGGCGGUGUUCACCUGCGAAGCAACAGCCGGCACUCCACCGUUCACGUUUGCCUGGGACAGUGGAAGUAUCCCAGCUACAGAGUACGCUAUCGCUCAGCUCUCACCGACGAUGUCAACGUUGACAAUUGCGGCAGCCUUUGUCACCGCACACGCAGGAUCAUACAUGUGUACAGUAGCACUGAACCAAACAGCAGCCAAUCUGCAACGGUCAUCCUCGGCUGCCGGGUCUCUGGUCGUACAAGUUCCACCGGUAAUAGCAGAGUUCAAUGCCGUCACGACCGACAUCACGCUUAUGCCGACAUUGAUGUGUGUCAUUCGUGCUGAACCUCAACCGACUGUGAUGUGGCUGGAUGCGAACGGUGAUGAAAUUACGUCAUCUGACUUCACAGUGGUUGCCCUAGCACCCAUGGCUAACUUUACAUACACCAGUCAGCUGCAGUUCAAUCGUCUUGCUGUUCUAUCCGAUGAAAUGAUGUACACAUGUGUUGCUAGUAAUGCAGCUGGAAGAGCAGAACAGUCCGCUAUGCUGACAGUGAACGUUGCUCCGGAGUUUUUAGAGCACAACAACGUGACUGUAUUUACGGAUCAACGAGCAGUCCUGGAUUGUCGGGUACGGGGCAAACCCCGACCAGCUGUAACGCAGAGCGCCCCGGCCUCUGUCCCGUCAAGCAGAUUUAUGACUCUGGAACUGUCGUCUCCCGAACCUUUGGAAUCAGUUAGUUCUCUUACGUACAGCGUUAAUAAUGUACUGGAAGACGCGGGAGCCUACGCUUGCACGGCCAUGAACUCUGUUAGCGUUUCCGUGGCCAUGGCAUACCUCACAGUACUGGUUCCACCCAUGGUUACCAUGACACCACUGACUCAGACGGUGAACGAGACACAACAGGCGGUGUUCACAUGUGAACUGACAGCCGGUACUCCACCGUUCACGUUUGCCUGGGACAGUGGUAGUAUCCCGUCUACAGAGUACGCUAUCGCUCAGCUCUCACCGACGAUGUCAACGUUGACAAUUGCAGCAGCCUCUGUCAACACACAUACUGGAUCAUACACAUGCACUGUUACACUGGACAGAGAAGCCAGUUUGAGACGGUCGGCUGAAGCCACUGGCAGCUUGGUGGUCCAGAUUCCGCCCGCUACAGCAGAGUUCAAUGCCGUCACGACGGAUAUCACGCUUAUGCCAACAUUGACGUGUGUCAUCCGUGCUGAACCUCAACCGACUGUGAUGUGGCUGGAUGCGAGCGGUGCUGAAAUUACGUCAUCUGACUUUACAGUGGUUGCCCUAGCACCCAUGGCUGACUUCACAUACACCAGUCAGCUGCGGUUCAAUCGUCUGGCUGUUCUAUCCGAUGAAAUGAUGUACACAUGUGUUGCUAGUAAUGCAGCUGGAGGAGCCGAACAGUCUGCUAUGCUGACAGUGAACGAGGCUCCGUCGAUUGUCCAGCUGGAUGACGUCACCGUUGUUACUGACCAAAUGGCUCAGCUUGCAUGCCGAGUGCGUGCCAAGCCCCCGGCCAUGAUCACCUGGACCCCACCGCCAGGAGUUGUCACGGCAUUCACACAGGCAACUGUUCCGGACGCCUCGGACAGCCUGUUUCAGGUCGGCACCCUGUCGUUCACGGGCAAUAAUGUGCCAGCUGAUGCUGGCUCGUAUACCUGCAAUGCCGUGAACUCUGUCAAUAGCGUCAUGAGUACAGCUUCACUCACUGUCCUAGUUCCACCCAUGGUUACCGUGACACCGCCGACUCAGACUGUGAACGAGACACAACAGGCGGUGUUCACCUGCGAAGCAACAGCCGGUACUGCACCGUUCACAUUUUCCUGGGACAGUGGUAGUAUACCGUCUACAGAGUACGCGGUCGCUGAGCUCUCACCGACAAUGUCCACAUUGACGAUUUCGGCAGCCUUUGUCAACACACAUAAUGGAUCAUACACAUGUAAUGUUACACUGGACAGAGAAGCCAGUUUGAGACGGUCGGCUGAAGCCACUGGAACCUUAGUGGUCCAGAUUCCGCCAGUAGUAACAGAGUUCAAUGCCGUCACAACGGACAUCUCGCUAAUGCCAAUAUUGACGUGUGUCAUUCGUGCUGAACCUCAACCGACUGUGAUGUGGCUGGAUGCGAAUGGUGCUGGAAUUGUGACGUCAUCUGACUUCACAGUGGUUGCCCUAGCAGCCAUGGCUGACUUUACAUACACCAGUCAGCUGCGGUUCAAUCGUCUUGCUGUUCUAUCCGAUGAAAUGAUGUACACAUGUGUUGCUAGUAAUGCAGCUGGAAGAGCCGAACAAUCCGCUAUGCUGACAGUUAACGAGGCUCCGUCGAUUGUCCAACUUGACAACGUCACUGUUGUUACUGACCAAAUGGCUCAGCUUAUAUGCCGAGUGCGUGCCAAGCCCCCGGCCAUGAUCACCUGGACCCCACCGCCGGGAGUUGUCACGGCAUUCACAGAGGCAGCCGAGCAGGACGCCUCGGACAGCAUGAUUCAGGUCGGCACCCUGUCGUUCACGAGCAAUAACGUGCCAGCUGAUGCCGGCGUGUAUACCUGCAAUGCCGUGAACUCUGUCAAUAGCGUCAUGGGUACAGCUUCACUCACUGUCCUUGUUCCACCCAUGGUUACCGUGACACCGCCGACUCAGACGGUGAACGAGACACGACAGGCAGUGUUCACAUGCGAAGCAACAGCCGGUACUCCACCAUUGACAUUUGCCUGGGACAGUGGAAGUAUACCGGCUACAGAGUACACUGUCGCUCAGCCCUCACUGACCAUGUCCACGUUGACAAUUGCAGCAGCCUUUGUCAACACACAUACUGGAUCAUACGCAUGCACUGUUACCCUGGACAGAGAAGCCAGUUUGAGACGGUCGGCUGAAGCCACUGGCAGCUUGGUGGUCCGGAUUCCGCCAGCAAUACCAGAGUUCAAUGCCGUCACUACCGAUAUCUCGCUUAUGCCAACAUUGACGUGUGUCAUUCGUGCUGAACCUCAACCGACUGUGAUGUGGUUUGAUGCGAAUGGUGCUGAAAUUACAUCAUCUGACUUUACAGUGGGUGCCCUAGCACCCAUGGCUAACUUUGCAUACACCAGUCAACUGCAGUUCAAUCGUCUUGCUGUUCUAUCGGAUGAAAUGAUGUACACAUGUGUUGCUAGUAAUGCAGCUGGAAGAGCCGAACAAUCCGCUAUGCUGACUGUUAACGAGGCUCCGUCAAUCAUGCAGCUGGACGACGUCACCGUAGUCACUGACCGAAUGGCUCAGCUUGCAUGCAGAGUGCGUGCCAAGCCCCCGGCCAUGAUCACCUGGACCCCACCGCCGGGAGUUGUCACGGCAUUCACAGAGGCAACCGAGCAGGACGCCUCGGACAGCAUGGUUCAGUUCAGCACUCUGUCGUUCACUAGCAAUAACGUACCAGCUGAUGCUGGCAUGUAUACCUGCAAUGCCGUGAACUCUGUCAAUAGCGUCAUGGGUACAGCUUCACUCACUGUCCUUGUGCCACCUGUAGCUACUGUGUCUCCCGGCACACUAACCAUCAACAACAACACCAUGGCCGAGUUCAUGUGCGCGACAUCGUCGGGAACGGGCCCGUUCAGCUUCCAGUGGGGCACGCCGAAUGGUGCACAGGUUGCGUCUAUCACGAACACAGCCUCGGAUAGCCGACUACGAGUACCGCUGGCACGGCAUAACCAAGACAACGGUACCUACCAGUGCACUGUGACCCUAGACAGGCCGAUGGACUUGCAACGCUCCGAUUCGGCGUCAGCGCCACUGAUCAUACAAGUGCCCACGGCCAUAGUGGAAGCCAACGACGUCACAACCAACGCCACCCAGUCCCCAGUGUUGCUGUGCAGAACACGAGGUGAUCCACUUCCCACCGUCACAUGGGAGGGACCCCAAGGCAACAUACUCAACGGACCAAGGUUCCUCCAGGACUCCAGCACCCUCGGACCUCUCUACAUCGAUCACACGCUCACCAUCUCCAUGGUAAGGCCCGAAGAGCAAGGACAGUACAUAUGCCAGGCGGCAAACGUUGCCGGAACCGACGACACCAAUGUCUUCCUCAGCGUACAAGUUUUGGCCGUGAUAGUGCCGGCCAAUCGGUUCGUUAUCGGCAUCACCGGCAUGCCAGCCAAGCUGACGUUGAAUCUCACGUCACCCGGACGACCGGCCGUGCUGCCCGCCGACAUAACGUGGACUCGAGCCGACAAUUCCGCCUUCAUGCAGAACGACCCGACGGCAGGCCAUACGGUAUCGGCUGACGGACUGUGUUUGCGUUUCAGCAACGUGUCCACUCCGGAUGAUGGUGUGUAUAGGGUGACGGUGUGCAAUCCAGCUGGAUGCGUGUCGGCCGACAUUGAGCUGGAGGAACAAGCAUCGCCGGCACUGCUCGCAAUGCACGCGAACACUACGGCCGACGAAGGAGAGCGCGUUGUGUUCGUAUGCUCCGCCGCCGGCCUGCCUGUACCCAACAUCACCUGGCAGCUGAACGGCAGCACCAUCGUGGACUCGGUCGGCGAUUACAGCAUCAGCAAUGUUCUCUCCGACACCAUGCCCACCAUCAACAGCACGCUCACGUUCGAUGCCUUGUUCGGCGGUGCCCGUGGCAACGGCGAGUACAGCUGUACGGCAACCAACACUCAGCAACCACCGGCUGUUGCCAUGGCAACUCUGCAAGUCUUCACCAUACCCCUGGUUGCAGUGGCUCCUGUUAACGUCAGCAUCGUAGCUGAGAACCCUGCCAACUUCACUUGCAGCAUAUCUGCAAUACCCACUCCUGUGAUUACGUGGUACCGAACCAUCGACGGUGUCACCACGCAGCUCACUAACAACUCCGUGGACAACAUUCGCAUCCGCACGGUUUCGAUUGCCGAUGAUAACAUCACGUCAGAGCUGACGGUGCUGAACGUUGGCCUGGUUGAUCUUGGACUCUACUUCUGUCAGGGCCGUCACCUGGAAGACGGUAUCAUGGGGAAUGUGACGAGCGCUACUGCUUCUCUCGAUGUGUUUG